UUUAUAAACCAAUCAGAGUGGACGCUUUUACCGGAGAAUCCCGGAAGUUCUAACAGACUCUAGAUACUCUAUUAGACUUGAGCAGUUACACUGAGAAUUUCAGCUCGGGAUUACAGGAAACAGCUGAUUUAAAGGAUGUCCUCAGGAGCACUUUUCCCCAGUCUGGUUUCGGGCUCUCGCAGCUCGUCCAGUAAAUACCUGGUGGAGUUCAGAGCGGGUAAAAUGAGCCUGAAGGGCAGCACAGUAACUCCAGACAAACGAAAAGGCACCGUCUACAUCCAACAGACGGACGACUCGCUCAUCCAUUUCUGCUGGAAGGACCGAACCACUGGAAACGUGGAUGAUGAUUUGAUCAUCUUCCCUGAUGACUGUGAGUUUAAGCGGGUGAGCCAGUGCACCACCGGACGCGUGUAUGUUCUUAAAUUCAAGGCAGGGUCCAAAAGGCUAUUUUUCUGGAUGCAGGAGCCCAAAACGGACAAAGAUGACGAGUACUGCCGUAAAGUGAACGAGUAUCUAAACAACCCACCAAUGCCAGGUUCUCUGGGCAGCGGGGGCAGUAGUGGGCACGAGCUGUCUUCCCUGGGAGGAGAAGGUGGCCUGCAAAACCUUCUGGGCAACAUGAGCCAUAAUCAACUCAUGCAGCUGAUUGGCCCAACAGGACUGGGUGGGCUUGGUGGGCUUGGUGCUCUUGCAGGUCCUGGUCUGGCGAGUCUGUUGGGAAGUGGUGGUCCAGCCAGCAGCAGUUCAACUUCCAGCUCCCGCAGCCAGUCAGCAGCUGCCACACCCUCCUCUGGAUCCGCUGUUCGUUUGAGCUCUACUCCGGCUCCUACUACCCCACUGACCCCUGCUGCCACCUCUACAGACUCUCCUACCUUGACCCCCACGACCCCAGCCUCCCAAACCUCUUCCCUGGCAGCAGGAGUGGGAAGUCCAACACAGCAAAUCCAGCUGAGCGACCUGCAAAGCAUCCUGGCCACAAUGAAUGUUCCUGCCGUCAGUGCAGAGGGACAGGGAGUGGACCUGGCCAGUGUGUUGACUCCUGAUAUUAUGGCUCCAAUUCUGGUGAAUCCUGAUAUACAGCAGCGGCUCCUGCCAUACCUGCCUUCAGGAGAGUCACUACCACAGAGUGCUGAGGAAAUCCAAAACACACUCACCUCACCACAAUUUCAGCAGGCGAUGAGCAUGUUCAGCAGUGCACUAGCGUCUGGCCAGCUCGGUCCCCUAAUGAACCAGUUUGGACUGCCCGCAGAUGCAGUGGAAGCAGCUAACAGAGGGGAUGUGGAGGCUUUUGCUAAGGCCAUGGAGAACACCAGUGGAAAGACUGAGUCCCCUGACGCCAAAGAUAAGAAGGAUGACGAUGAGGACAUGAGUCUGGAUUAGUGAAACAAGUCAGUUUAACAAACCAGCUAGUGUAUUUAUUAAUGAAUUAUCCAGAUGUAAGAAGUAUGCCCAUAUGUUUCAUGCACAAUUAAAGUAUUGACACUGGGUCUGAUAAUUGA